AUGAACAAACGGACAUCUCACGUGCAACAAAAUUUUCUGCGUUCGAUUAUUCAACCUUUCAUCCACCCGCAUCAUCCGCGACAGGGCAUGGUGGGGGAAUUCAAGGAGCUACCCAUUGAGCCACGGGGUAUCCUCUGGCAAGAUGACUUUGUCGACCCAGACCACGAGCAACGGCUCAUCUCCAUCUUUCUCAACGAGCUAGAAUGGCCCGCUCGCGCUGGCCGACUGUCCCUUCACUACGGCUACACCUUCGACUAUAAAACAUUUGGAAUCGACCCCGAUAUCCCGUACAAGGAGUUCCCAGACUGGCUCCAGCCACUCAUUCCAACCACUGAGGCACGACCACCGGACCAGGUCUGUCUACAACACUAUCCUCCGGGUUCUGGGAUCCCACCGCAUGUAGAUACGCACAAGGCCUAUGAUCAGCUGUACGCCCUGUCUUUGGGUGCCCCGGUCGUUAUGCAGUUCCGCAAGGGCAAGAGCGGCCAGCAGGUCGACGUUGAUUUAACCCCGCGGAGUAUGAUGCAGAUGACGGGUGACGCGAGACUGCAUUGGACUCAUGGCAUCAGGAAGCGAAAGACUGAUACCUUGGUGGAUGGAACGGUGAGGGCACGGGCCGACCGGUGGAGCAUCACAUACCGAUGGCUCAGGAAAGGGGAGUGUGAGUGUGGGAACCUUGAGCUGUGUGACGUAGCGCAGCAACGCAUUGGGGUCGAGAAGGAGAUGAGGUCCGUGAAGGAGUUAACAGGGAAGGCCCCUGCUGAGCAAUGCCGGGGAGGUAAUAGUGAUUAA